UAGAGGGCCCCCCCUGCAUCUUUUCCUCUCUGAAACGUAUCUAGUCGGAUCCUAGCUGUUUUUUUGCGCCAAAUCAGAUUCCUAAAUAGUCUAUCUAUUCUAAUAAAGAUCCGGCGAGGUACCCAACUUAUAUCUAGUUUUAGUAAAAACUGCUCACUCAUUACCCAUUAGCCCAGGGGUCAGCAACCUCCGACACUCUGCUGUUAUGAAAGUACAGUUCCCGGCAUGAUCCAAUCACUUCAAUGGGAGUUCUGAGAAGAGCAGCACAAGUAUGCAUGGUGGGAGUUGUAGUUUUGCAACAUCUGCAGUGCCGGAGGUUGCCUACCACUGGAUUAGCCAGUUAUAUACUUAGAUAUUAGGUUUAGCGAAACCUCAUACCAGAUAUUAUCCUUCAUUGCUUUGAUUAACUGUGUAUUCCUUUCUUCUAUUCUCUUUAUUCCCUAUAGGUCAAAAGGGCCCAUUGAUUGGAGCUGGAACUGUUGUGGCUAUUAUACUACUGGCAGGAGUAAUAUUCUACUAUUGUAUAAAAGUGAAACCAAAUGUAACGGAGAAUUGUACAACAGACCUGAUUCAUAAGAAGAAUUGCUCUCUGAGAUGUUUGAUAUCAGGCUUCAGACCACGCAAUCUUACUAUUAAGUUAUACUUAAAGAAAGACAAAGAAACUCCGAAGAAAGUAGAUUCCUGGAGCUCCAUAGAACCCAGAAAGAGGUCACCAGAGAACGAUACUGAGCAGGGUACACUUUUACAUGAUCCCACACACCUGGCCCUGGAACCUCUUAUAAAACCAUGUAAACUCUUCCUUUUCAACUGUGACUGUUUCAUAGCUAUAACUCCCAUGUUCCACAUACAUGAUGGGGCAUGGCUCACUCUGGAGGUUGACCAUGCUGCACUGAUGUCACCCAUUUACAAACAUCUACAACUAAAGGUGAAAUGUAUACCCAAAAUUGAUAAAAUUGAGGCCAACCAAGAAUUCUACAAAUCCGGGGACCUGUUGCAGCUAAAAUCUAAAAUUCACUCUUUUUAUCCAGAAAGUAUAAAUGUGAUAUGGUACAAAGACAGGGAAGAAAUUACAUCAGAGGUUACUGCAGCUGAAAAAGAUGUCAACGGGCUGUUUUCUGUCGUAAGUUCUAUGCAAUGCACUGUUACAGAGGAAGACUUUGAGAAACCAUUCAGGUGUAAGGUGAUGCACGAGACGACCUCCGAGUCUGUUACAUGGAGACUAGAGAAACGAGCUCCACCCAUAAUGGAUGCAAUCCAAGCCAACCAAGAAGCAUACAGCGCUGGAGAAACAUUGGAGCUGAAGUGCAAAAUUCACUCAUUUUAUCCACAUAACAUACAAGUGACAUGGCAGAAAGGAGAAGAAGAGAUUCCAUCACAAAUGUGCGAACCUGAAGAUGAGAGUGAACCCUAUUAUGUUCUCGGUCAUAUAAGUUACACUGUUAAAGAGGAAGAUUUCGGGAAAAUAUUUACCUGUCAAAUUAAACACCCGCAUAAGAAUGAUAGUGUCCAGUGGAGACUGGAAAAGAAAACAGGAAAUUGAAGCAACAUUAAGUCUAUGUGGGAUCAGCACUGAAUGGUUUCUGAAAUUCAUGUUCUCUUUACAAUGAUGAGGAUAACGAAGGGUGACUACUAAUACUGGCAGAAAAUUGGGAUGA